GAGAAGGACUACGUUGGUUUCGCCUCGCUGCCCAACCAGCUGCACAGGAAGUCGGUGAAGAAAGGGUUCGACUUCACGCUGAUGGUGGCCGGAGAGUCUGGUCUGGGUAAAUCCACUCUGGUGAACAGUCUGUUCCUCACCGACCUCCACAAAGACAGGAAACUUCUCAACGCUGAAGAGCGCAUCCAUCAGACGGUGGAGAUCAUGAAGCACACGGUGGACAUCGAGGAGAAAGGAGUGAAGCUGAGGCUCACCAUCGUGGACACGCCCGGGUUCGGAGACGCUGUAAACAACUCAGAGUGCUGGAGUACGAUCACUGACUACAUCGAGCAGCAGUUUGAACAUUACUUCAGAGAUGAGAGCGGCCUGAACAGGAAGAACAUCCAAGACAACAGAGUGCACUGCUGCCUAUACUUCAUCCCCCCCUUCGGACACGG